AUGGAAAAUAUCAAAGCCCGCCUAGGCCAAAAGCAGAUAUGGGUGGACGCGCAAACGUUCCGCGCAUGGUUUCCCAAACAGAAGUCUGAAAACUCGAUACAAGGAGAUCUGUGGGUACAAAGACUGCAUAACUAUUUCAACAGUCACUUCGGUAUCCGAAAGGAAGUCAUUCAGAAGACUUUGGAGCGAUUCUUCGGCAUACUCGGACCUUACGCGCAACAUGGCAAUGGGGAGACGCGACACCGUGUUCGUCAGGUCCUCCAGCACUAUCUCGAUCAGGAGUGCCUCAACAACGCAUAUCGGACCAAAGACCUCCAAUGCUUGCGACAUACAUUCAUUAUUCUAGUGCAGCUGGCACGGAAGUUUGAGUCCUCGCUACUAGUCGAGGCGUUGUCCACUUUCUGGGACCAUACCAAGGACAAGAUCAACCGCCACGAAAAAAGUGAGUACUUGGCAGACUGGAAGAAGGCAGCGGAAAAAGUUCAAGAAUCCCAUGAAGUCCGCCCUCUGGCUGCUUCUAUUCAACAGCGUCAUGGCAGGGCACGACCAGCACCUGUUGUGAAAUAUGGACGUCGCAAACUGGAUUUCAAACUCGAAGUCCCAGUUUUUGCUAACCCAGCAUGUGCGCACCCCGUAAUCGUACCCGUCAGAUAUCGUCGAGAUGAGUAUUUUGAUAAACUGAACAAGAUCCAGUAUUAG